CACUCAAAGCGUUGAGAACUCUGAAAGUGAAACCCAAAGAAAACCAUGUCGAAAGUUAAGAAUUUAUUCGCCAAAAUGCUGCAGCGCCUUGGCAAAAGCAGCAGCUCGCAUAGCGACAGUCAGCGAUACGACAGUCUGGAGGAGAUUGCACAGAACCAGGCCAACGAGCGGAUGCUGAUGGCCACGCAGGCUGGGAUGGAGGAGCACUUGGUUAUUUGCCUGGAGACGGCAGCGGGCAGCUUCUAUUGGCACUCGCAGUAGCAGCUACGGCAGGAGGAGCAACAGCAACAGGAGGAGCAGCAGCAACAGCAGAAGGAGAAGCAGCAACAGCAGGAGCAGAAGCAUCAACACCUCUGAAAGCAACAGCCACAGCUCUGAGAGAUGAUAUAUUAGAAGAGGCUGCUAAGGAAAGGAUGGUAGCUAGAGCAGCAACUUUAAUUUCAACUGGAGCAGCAUCAACAACUGUAUUCAUGCAGCAUCCAGCACCCACAACAGCAGCUCAAGGAUUGUUGGUAUCCACAGCAGGAUGUUCGCCAGAAGCAACUACAUCGUUCAAUAAUAUCCCAAAAACUCAACAAGAAAUAAAGAAAACAGGAGCUACAAGAAACCAAAGCUCCCUCAAGCUAUCAGCAUCUUCAAAAACCAAAUAAUUGCAACAGUGUCACCAGAAGAAACAGUUUCCAACAAUCACAGAAUCAGCAACAUCCCAAGGCAACCGUAAACAAAAGUCAUUUCUAUCUCAGCAAAAAACCGGUAGUUGAAUGAAUGAAUAAGACUCCACAUAUCUUUCGAUGAAUGAAUGGAGCUGCGAAUCGAAUCGAGUUGCGUGCCAGCUACAAAGAACAAGCAUCCAACUAGGAUCUUCCGCCAGCCUCUCCAGUUGGAAAAACUCGAUAGGUGUUAAUUAAAAGCCAUAAUAAAUACGUUUGUGAUAUGCACUCAAGCUUAGUUAGUCUAGAAUAAAUGUUAAUUAGCUUAUAAGGGUACUAAAUAUAUUUACAAAAAA